GGUUGAGUAUCAUUCAGUUUCCAGAGUAACUUUAAUCUUGUAACGUUAAGUAGUCAAGGUUUUGUUUAUAUAUACUCCACCAUGAAAGCUGUCGCCAUCAUCCUUGUGGUUUGCCUCGUUCAAGGACUCCAAGCGAAUGACUUGUAUUUUUCAAUACAGCUUAACAAGUCGGAAACACCCGGCUUAAAUGACCAGAUGAAGGAGUGUCUUACUCAGAACGAUUUGGAUGCAGAUCUCUAUACCGAACUCUGGAAGGACCAUCCUAAACUAAACGCUCCUCAGAAGAAGGUCAACUGCUUCCUCGCAUGCCUGUACAAGAAAGUGGGAGCCCUAAGCGCUGAUGGCGCGAUUGUUCUUCCUGAGGGACUCAUCGAGGAAAGGAUCAUCAACUGGUCUCCUGAGCUGAGAGAAAAGUGCAAGAAGCAAGCUGGUGACGACGUCUGCGAGUUGGCCGGCUGCUUGGACAAACCCAACGGAUUCUUAUCGGCAACUGUGUAGAUAGCGUCAGUUCGCUUUUUUCGUUCACUACAAAUAUGCAUACUGUCUUAUAUCAUACUUUAUUAUAUUUAUUAAAACCUGGAGCUGCGGCAUGAGACUCGAGUUCACUGACCAUUUACCUAAAACAGAUCUGUUACGUACAAAAUUUCAGAUCUAGCUCAUGUAUUAAUUGACGUACGAACUAAAGUUAAUAAAAAUUAACGACGAUUAAUAAAUAAUAAAGUUAAAUCAAUAGACA